UAACCAACCCCAUUUCACUUAAAAGAGAAAGAAACCUUCUUUCUUCGCUUUCUCUCUCAAGUUUUCCCGAGAAAAUUAAAGGAGUCAUCAUGCAGACAGAUCCACCUCGCAAACCUCUACUUAGAUGCCCUCCGCUCUUCUUCUACUCCAUCCUUUGCAUUACUCUUUCUCUGAUACUCCCUUAUGUCUAUUCACAACGGGAAUCAUUUUCUUUUGAGUUUUUUGGGCCAUUGGAACCUGAGAUUUCUGAUGAAGUAUUUCACUCACCUGAGGCUUUCAAGAAGGACUAUUUUGAGAUGGAGAAGAACCUCAAGAUCUUUUUGUACCCAGAUUGUUUCGAGAAUGGGCACCUCAGUGACCAUACAGAGAAGCCUUCCGGGAGGUAUGCUAGUGAAAGUUACUUCUUCAAAAAUAUCCUAGAGGGCCAGUUCUUGACUAAAGAUCCCAAUGAAGCUCAUCUCUUCUUUAUUCCCUUUUCUUGUCUCAAAUUGAGGAGAGAGAAUUUUAUUCAGGGAAGAUCCUAUUUGAAUAUAUCUGCCACUGUCGAUGAUUUCGUCCAGAGCUUGAUUUCCAAGUACCCCUACUGGAACAGAACUUUAGGUGCUGAUCACUUUGUUGUGAUUUGCCAUGACAUUGGCUUAGUUGCUACUGAACAAGUUCCACUUCUUGUAAAAAACUCAAUUCGAGUUGUUUGUUCUCCAAUCUAUGGUUCUGAAUAUAUUCCACACAAGGAUGUUUCCUUCCCACAGAUAUUCAUGCCAUUGCCAACACUUUAUGAGAAACAUGGAGAUCAUAUACAUAACAGGAAUAUCUUAGGUUUCUGGGCUGGUCGUCGCAAUUCUAACAUAAGAGACACCCUGGUGCGUCUUUGGCAGAAUGACAACGAACUUAACAUCCAGCACAACUUCAUUAAUAGAGCUCAUAAAGGACAUUUUAAAUAUCAGGAGAAGUUUUAUAGGUCUAAGUUUUGCAUGUGUCCUCGUGGGUCUUCCAUCAAUGGUGGUCGUAUUUCACUCGCAAUUCACUAUGGAUGUGUUCCAGUUAUCUUGUCUGACUACCUGGAUUUGCCAUUCAGUGACAUUCUUAACUGGCAAAAAUUUUCUGUGAUAGUGAAGGAGAAAGACGUCAAUAAUCUCAAGAAAAUACUUCAGGACAUACCAGAUGAAGAAUAUAGAACCCUGCAGAAAAACACGAUCAAGGUCCAGAAGCACUUCCAAUGGAAUACACCUGCAGUCAGACUUGACACAUUUCAUAUGGCAAUGUAUGAACUGUGGCUGCGUCGCCAUGUUAUCAGGUCCUGAGUUACCGGAGCUUUCCCUAACAGUACAAGCCACAUAAGGCAACAAUUGAUUUCACUGACUCAAUUUUAGCCCUCCAUUCAUGUAAAUUUGACAUGAUUCCUCUGAGCUUAAGAAAUAUCUUGCAUUAGCUUUCUUAAACUGUAAAGUGAUAUUCAAUGAGUAGUUACCUGUUACCAGGAGAAGUUCUAUAGCUACUGUUCCUACUUUUCACCCUAUUGUGAAUGUCUGCUAAAAUAAUUAGGCAUGGUUUCUAAACUAUGAAGGAUUAAUAUAUGGUUAGUCUCCAACAUGCUUGAAGUCAAAAUUCCCAGGGAUCUCAAAUUCCAAACCUGAAACAUUGCCAAGCUCAUCCCAAGAGUCCUGGAA